CUCUCUCACUCUCUCUCUCUCUCUCUCUCCAAUCCAAAAGGAAGCAGAACAAGAAAGCUCACAAGAAGUUUUCAUCUUCAUCAAAUGCAAAAGAAGUUGAUACAAUGUCUCUUCUCUGUGAUCUUCAAAUCAAUCUCAAUAACCAAUUCACUUUCUUCGUCAAUCAGGAUUUGAUUUCAGAGUACUCAGGGUUCUUGAGGAAGAUGAUAAAACAGAGCAAUAAGAAGAAGAAGAAUCACAAGAACAGUAGAAUCAUUAUCGAAGUCGAAGAUUUUCCAGGUGGGUCAGAUGGGUUCGACUUGGUUUCAAGAUUCUGUUACGGUAAUGGCGGAGGAAUCUCGAUCGAUGUCUCAAAUGUCUCCAUUUUGCAUUGUUCUUCUGUCUUCCUUGAGAUGACAGAGAAACUCUGUUCCUCGAAUCUUUUGCUUCAAACAGACAAGUUUUUAGAAGGUAUGUUCUACUGGUCAUGGAAUGACAUCGUUUUGUGUCUCAAGAGCUGCGAACAAGUGUUCCUACACGCAGAUUCUUACGGUCUUGUUGAUAAGCUUGUUUUCGGGGUUUUAGCCAAAAUCGCUCAGAAUUCAGACAUGAGUCAUGUCUUUUCAUCAUCCUCUCCGUCUUCCUCUGCCUCUGCCUCCUCUCAUUCGCCGGAGACGGCAAGGAAUAGGUCUGAUUCUGACAAACGGUCUACUUCAAGGUCGCUUUCUUGCAGGACAAGUAACGAGUGGUGGUUCGAUGAUAUGUCAAUUCUCGGGCCAAAAAUCAUCGAAAAGGUGAUGAAAACACUUGGUGCGCAUGAUAAGAACAAUGACAGCUUGGUCCUCACAAGAUUUCUCCUCCAUUACCUCAAGACAAAGGUCCAAAACAAAUCAAACAACAAGCUCGAGUAUGCAGGUUUAGCUGAUACAGCGGUUCGAGGAGUGGUUUUCGCGGCGAAAACCGCUUUUUCCUGCAGAAAAAUGUUCUGGGUUCUUCGCGUUUUAUCGGGAUUUAGCAUCAGUAAAGAAUCAAGAAUUGGUUUAGAGAGAGUUAUAGGAGAAAUGCUGGAUCAAGCAACACUUGAUGAUCUUCUGAUUCCAGCAGGAGGAAAAAAAGAAAAAGGGUUUUACGAUGUGGAUUUGGUGAUAAGAUUACUCAAAGUGUUCGUGAGAACUGGAAACACAGAAGAAGAACAGAAUUUGAAAAUGAGAAGAAUUGGGAAGUUGAUUGAUAAGUAUCUGAGAGAGAUAUCUCCAGACCAGAAUCUUAAAGAGUCAAAGUUUCUUGAAGUUGCAGAGAGUUUGCCAGAUUCAGCUAGAGAUUGGUUUGAUGGAUUAUACAGAGCCAUUGAUAUCUAUCUUGAGUCUCAUCCGAAACUAUCAUCCGAGGAUAGAACAAAACUAUGUCGAUGUCUAAACUACAAGAAAUUGACAUUGGAAACAUGCAAACAACUUGCGCAAAAUCCCAAGAUCCCUCCUAAUAUUGCAGUUCAAGCACUCAAGUCACAACAAUUGUCAAACGAGACUCAACCACACUCAAGAGAGGACAAGAAGAGAGUAAACAAGAUCUGGAAUUCGCGUAAGUACUUAGAAGAGAAACCAAUACUGGUGCAUUUGAAAGGUUUUGGGAUGUCGGAGAAGUUUGAAGAUGACCUAAAGAUGAAUUUGGAGAGGAAGCAAUGGAAUAGUUCUGGAAAAAAUUGUAAGGAAAAGAAGAGUGAAGUAGUGUCAAGUUCUAGUUUUCCAAGGCUUUGUUAAUUAAUUCACUCGUCAUUUUUUUUCUUAUUUCUCUAGAUAUAGAUUGGAAUAUCAUCAUAUCAUCAUCACACACAUGCACGUCUCGUGUAUAUUAUAAGCUUAUUCAUGCAAAAUAUAUUUCACGUAGUUUCGAGAAUGCAUAUAAGGAUGUCCGACCUUGUGGAUGCAAAUAAAAUGGAUAUUUUGUAA